AUGUAUGGGUAUUUAUACGAGAGGCGUUGUAUAGAAAUCAGUUCUAGCGAGUUUCUCUUACGAGAACAUCUGCAUUCAACUGUUCUACGUUUACACAUGGAAGAAAAUAUGGAGGGAAACCCACCGAGAGGUAGAGAGGAAAAUUUAGAGUGGGAUAGAAUAAUAGAAGAUAAAGUCAGGACGUCACUGGAAGGCCACAAAGAGGUGAUGCUGAAGGAAAUUGGAAGCCUAUUUGAAAAGAUAAGUGGUCAUUCUACAAUUAAUAUUUCAAAUAUGAUGAUAAACAGUAAAAAAUUUAAACGCAAAAGCAAUGAGGAGCAAUAUAAGCACAAUUCUAAGGUCAUACUGAAAUUAGACGAGGCUAAUCAUGAUUUACAAGAGAAGAAAUUGGAGGAUUGUAGAGCGAAUAUAGCAGAAGCUAAAGAGUUAAUGACUCACAGACAAAAACUGAUUAAACUGGCGGACUCAGCCGAGUUGGGAUGGAGAGUAGUUCAAGAGUAUGAGGCAAAUCCAUUGGCGAGCGACUCGGACGAUGAGAAACGAAUCUUUAAAGCGGAAGCAAGGGCUUCCAAGAAGUAUAAAGCGGAAAAAUCGAAGAAAGCGAAAUCUGGGCGAAACUGGCCAUACCGUAGACAGCAGCGGGUUAUGACAGAGGCGUGUCCGGUUAAUACACAACAGUCAGCACGACAGGGGCGUAGACCAGGGUUGUGUUUUGCAUGUGGCAAACCAGGGCAUUGGAGAGGGGCACCUGAAUGCCCGGAAAGAAAUACAAAUAAUAAGAUAAGUAAUGUUUUAUGUACAUGUAUAAAGAAAGAAAAAAGUUGUAAUUGUUCUGUAGAAAAAUCUUUCUCAAAAAGUCAAGGUGUUGGCCUAAAAUCUACGCUGAAACGUAAAAUGCAGGAUGCGGGAGUUUGCAACAAUGAAAUGGACAAUAUUGCUAGUAAUAUGGCAAGUUAUUUAUUGCAAUCACGUGCAGGAAGUACAACAACAAAAUAUAAAAACUGUUUUACUUUAUUUGAAGAAUAUUGUAAAGUGAAUUCACUUACGGCACAACCCGCGAAACCAAUUAUUGUUGCUAUGUAUAUAGUGAACUUAUUAGAUCAAGGAAAGUCGUAUCACGUUAUUUCUUCGGCAUUUUAUGCAAUCAAAUGGGUACACAAACUAAAUGAACUGUUAGAUCCUACUGAAAGUAGUAUUGUUCAAAAUUUGUUAGAAACAGCGAAGAGGAUUCGUUCUACGCCAACUUCAAAGAAAGAUGUGGUUGAUACUGAAAUGUUAAAAACUUUAUGUUCUUUGUAUGAAAAUUCUGUAGACGUUGUAGAAUUGAGAGAUCUUUCAAUGAUUUUACUAGGGUAUGCAGGAUUUCUCAGGUUUAAUGAACUGAGCAAUUUAUUGUGUAAAGAUAUAGAAUUUAAGAUUGAUCAUCUUAAUGUCAAAAUACAAAAAAGCAAAACCGAUAUAUAUAGAUCUGGCAAAGAAGUAUUAAUUGCUAAAGGCUCUUCUGUAGCUUGUCCGUAUUUAAUGUUGCAAAGGUAUAUGACCGCAGCUCACUUGUCAGAAACUUCAGAUAAUUAUCUUUUUAAACCUGCUUUUAGAUCAAAAGGAAAAUCUUCACUCAUCAAACAAAAUAAAAAAUUAAGUUAUACAAGAGCAAAAGAAUGUAUUGUGAAAAAGCUUAAGGUAGUUGCUCCUAAUCUUAAGUUGGGAACUCAUUCCUUAAGGGCAAGUGGUGCUUCCAUGGCUGCAAAUGCAUCGGGCGUUUCCGACAGGUGUCUUAAACGCCAUGGUCGAUGGAAAUCAGAUCAGGCAAAAGAUGGUUACAUUGAAGACUCGUUAGAAAAGAGAUUGUUUAUAACCAAAACGUUAAAAAUGUAAUAAAAACUGAAUUUGAAUGCAGCAUACAUUCUAAACUUUGUAUGUCUAUAAAAUCAUCUCGCUGAUUGCACAACAGUGUUGUUGGUUUAUCUAGUAGUUAAAGUAAGACUUACUGGUUCUCCGCGUUACAUCGUAUAGCGGAGAACCUUUGUCUAACUGUAACGGAUUACAUAAACCGGUCUUUACGGUUUGAUACGCAUUCAAGCAUACAUGUGCAUUCAUGUAUGGGUAUUUAUACGAGAGGCGUUUAUAUCAGUUCUAGCGAGUUUCUCUUACGAGAACAUCUGCAUUCAAAUUCAAUUUAUGAUAUUUAUCAUGUUUUUUGAAAGUAUAAUCAUACACACUGAGAGUAUUGAAAUAUAUCUGUUUUUUAAGAAAAUGUCGGGCAAUGUUUAAAAGCACAGAAAUAGAUUCAGAGUGUAUUAGAAUAUAUCAUUUUUUGUUAAAAUGUAAGACAAUACUUAAAGUAUCAGGUAAACGAAGUAGCAGAUUGAAAUAUGUCAUAAUGUAAGAUAUAUGAGAUAUACAUAGCAUAAUGUGAUAAUAUUAUGUUAACAAAAGUUCGGAACGAAAAUUUGUUUUAUGAAAAUUUUUUGAUAACAAAUAUAUAUGUUUUAUGAUAACAAAUAUGUAUGUAAGCAUGUCUAAGCACGGUCCGUUGUUUGAUAUUCCGAGGAAUAGUCUGAGGAGAUUCACUUAAAAUGUGAUCUCCGUGCAUGCCACGGAUUCUAUGGUUCCUCUUAAAUUAAAAAAGAAAUAAAAAGGGGUUUUACGCAGGCGGCCAGUAUUCCUUUGACGAAUAUACGAUCGAACCUGUUACAAAGUUUGUUAGACUUUUACAGUUGUUUUCUAAAAACAUUUAUUGGAUUUUAUAUGACAGUUUUGAUCGUGAUAUGCUUCAUACAUGUUUCAUUGAGAUGAAUAUAUCUAUGCUAAAUGAAUGCAGAUCUCGUAAUAAAAUCAUCUCGCUGAUUGCACAACAGUG